UUCUCUCCAUAAGGAAGCUGCUCAUGUUCAUCAAUAACAUGUCUGGCAUUUUGCUUCUCCUCUCUGUGGCUCUCGCCUUCUCUGAUGCUGAAGAGCAUGCUGUUAAUGGUAAGACUGGUAAACAGUUGUUUUCUCUGAUUGGAGCGCCGCCAGGACAAAGUGGAACAUCCGACUCCUCCAGCAACCAAACCAAAGCAGGAACCAAAGAUCCUUCUCUACCAGCCAAUGAGCUGCUCGAGCAAGGCAAAAAAUCUGCAGAUCCGAAGCUGGCGCUGCCCCCAGGGAUGUGGCCCAAACAUCCAGACCCGCUAUCUCCUCAUCCUCGAUUAGGCACACACAGCAAGAGCAAGAAGGGCUCGAGGGAUGAGCGGCUUCCCAUCGAGCAUAACAAUGAGAAACUGCGUAAUGAUGGGCAUCCUAAUAAAGUCGUCCCUGCUACCGGGGUUGGGGCAUCGAACCGCACACAGACACAGAAGGCUCCACCUGAAAGCCCAAUGCAGUCCAAUAACCCUCCAUCCAGUGACUCCGAGCUGAAUCACAACUCCAGAUCACGUACACAACAGACAUCGUCUAACACACACAGAGAAAGUGGGAAUGGUCGGAUGGAUCCCGAGGAGAAUAGACCAGGGAAAUCGGGCUUGAACAAUAGUCGCUCAUUCAUCCAGUACAACCGGCGCUCUUCCAGUCUGCUCUACCACUUCGACAUCCACAAGAAAGAAUCAGAUUUCAGCCAUGAUGCAGUGUGUCUGAGUGAAUGCAGGAAGGACAAGGAUGAGAUAGAGCACUUCUGCUACAGUGAAUUCGCCGUCAAUGGCAUUGUUCAUGACAUUGAUAUAAUUCGUCGAGGCAUCAGACUGGUCACUCUGCUAGUGAGCAACGAUGGCUUCUACAAAAUGAGCCGCCUCUUCAUCACGCCAGACACCUUCUUCUUCAAGGUGAACAUCUUGGUCUUGGACACCUAUAAGUGUACCAAACCUUGUCCUGACCUCAAACUUGGGAGCAGAUACAUAGUCAUGGGCCAUAUCUACCACCGAAGGCGCCACCUUCCCUCCAGUCUCCUCACCCUCCUCGGGGGCAAACUGAAACCCGGAGACGGGGUCCUACGCAGCAACAGCUACGUCAAGCGCUACAACAAGAGAAGGCACCAGAAAGCUCAAGAGGCCAUGCGUUCAAGGUGCAGGUGAAGGGGGAAAACAAACAAACAAAAACAACGAACGGCUCGCUACUGACACCCGCUGCAUGGGAGGACUAAAUGCGGCCUUAUGUAAAUAUAAAAAGAACAACCUCAUAAUCUUGCAGUAUUAUCAGAGGAGAUAGACAGGAAGACAAAGGCGUCUCUGUCCACCCUGCCCAAGCGUCCGAGUGUAAUAGAUCAAUCCACUCCAAGUGGGGAUAUUUUGCUUGCUGUACAAUGCUUGCCUUUCUGCCUGUCCUCUUUCAUAGACGUCUCCAGGGAAAUCCGCUGGAUUCCAUCCACUGGCAGAGGAUUUGAUUCAUGUCUGAAACAUGAACCAGGAACCGGCUAAAUAUUUCCUCCGAGAAAUAUUCAGAGAAAAGUAAUAAAAUUAACGUUUGAUGUGUUUAUAUACCCUAUACACCCUGCCUUUUUUGACAUACACACAAGAACCUUGAUGUGUUUUCAGUGGAUAUUUACCCUCAUAAACACAAGGAAAGGCCGGAAAGAAAAGAGAUGUUGCAAAAUAACCUCGGAGGAAAAUAAGAGAAGUCAUGCGUCCUCAUAGCGUCAGUGUCUUUUCAUAUUCCAUAACCCGUGCACUUAUUAAACAAAACACAGAAUACGCUAUGUGACUUUGAACAUGUCAUGCACUUUUCAUGUUACAGAAGUUACUAUUUUAUAUCCUGGAAGUGCGCUUUCUUAGAGAAAGUACAGUGUAGAAGCCAUUUUUUCAUACCUUACAGUUGUGGUCAGAAGUUUACAUACAGUGACAUGUCGUCUUGGAUAUGAAUGUCAUGGCAAUAUUUGGGCUUUCAGUAAUUUCUUUGAACUGUUCUUAUUCUGUGGCAGAAUGAUUGUACAGCAUACAUAUCUCAUUUAAAAACAACAAACAAACUAGAAUUUGGUGCACAAGUUUUAAUUUUCUUUGGGUUUUCUGAAAUCAACACAGGGUCAAAAAUUUACAUACACUCACUUAGAUUAUUAAUUCAGAGGUGUUGAAACUUCCAAAAUGUCUCUUAUCUUGCCAAGGCCGAGGUCUUUUAACUUCCUGUUAGUGAACAUGAUUGACUACAGCUGGUAGCUUCUCUGUGCCUUCAUAAAAAGGGUUUGUUUACAGCACUCCUUGGAUUGACCAACACAGUAAAAUGGGAAAGUCCAAGGAGCUCAGUGCAGAUCUGAGAAAGAGGAUCGCAGAUGUACACAACUCCGGAAUGUCUCCUGGAGCCAUUUCUAAACAACUGCAAAUUCCAAGAUCAUUUCAAACAAUUGUAUCCAAGUUAUUGUGUGUAGUCACUUUGCCAAGCCACUUUGCUUCAAGAAAACCCAAACUGUCACCCUUAGCUGAAAGGAAAUUGGUUUGGAUGGUCAGGAGCAACCUGGGAACCACCAUGGCACAGCCCUGCCAUGAACUGGGAGCUGAUGGAUCACUGUCUACAGUUCAAAUCACCAUGGACUAAGAGGCUGCUAUCCAAGAAAUAACCCCCUGCUCCAAAAUCGACAACUUCAAGCUUAAAGUUUGAAGCUGACCACACGGACAAAAUAAAAAAAAAGCCUUCUGGAGGAUAGCUGUAUGGUCAGGUGAGACAAAGAUUGAGUUGUUUGGCCACAAUGACCACCAUGUACAGAGGGACACUGUACCAGCUGGUGGUGGUGGUAGGAUCAUCAUGCUCUGGGGCUGUUUUGCUGCCAGUGGAACUGGUUCAUUGCACAAAGUGGAUGGAAUAAUGAAGGAGGACUGUCUCAGAAUUCUUCAGCAUCAACCAUCAGAAACUUGAACACGACUUGGGAGUUACAGCAGGACAAUGAACCCAAACAUGCAUCAGAGCUGGUUGUGGAGGAUAAAACAGGCCAACAUUAAGCUUAAAACAAGUCCUGACUUCAACCCUAUUGUAAAGAUAUGGACCGUGCUUAUAAGUAAAGUCCAUGCCAAGGGGGAAAAAAAAUUCAUUGAACUCUACCAAUUCUACCAUGAAGAGUCGUGAAAUAUCCAACCAGAAUUCUGCCAGAAGCUUGUUCAUGGUAAACAAAAAUGUUUGGUCAAGGUGAAUCUUGUGAAGAGACAUUUUACCCAAAUAUUAGGUGUGCUGUAUGUAUAUUUUUGACCCUAUGUUGAUUUCAGAAAACCCAAAGAAAAUUAAAACUUGUGCACCAAAUUCGAGUGUUUUUUUUAAUUAAAGAUGUAUGCUGUACAUUCUGCCACAGUUCAAAGAAAUCACUGAAAGCCCAAAUAUUGCCAUGACAUUCAUAUCCAAGAUGACAUUCGUGUCACCGUAUGUAAACUUCUGACCACAACUGUAUAUAGAGCACGUUAACAUUUGUAAUGUUAAUUGGGCCUACAGGUUUUUGUCUCCACACAGAAUCCAAUGUCCUGUCCGCAGGUUUGUUUGUUUUCCCCCCAUAUUUUUCCAGUUUGGAAUCAUCAUGUGUCAUUAUCUUCGUUAAUGUCUGUUUAUUUUCCCAUUCACGCCGUUUCAGCAGCACAGAAUGAAAGCACAAAGCAAUGACUCAGAGCUCCUAUUUAUUUCAUUUUGCCCGUACUUUGUAUUUCUCCUUUAAAUGAUAUCAGAAUGCAGGAAAUGUGCUCAAAUGCAAGAGAGGAAGAAGUAAAGAUUUUGGAAUGGGGGGGAGAGAGACAAAAAAUUUUAUUUAACAAAAUCCCUUUCUUAAGACAAGGUUAUUUUCUGUACUUUGGAAUAUUUUCACUCUGUAUGUGAGAGAGACUGCAGAAAGAGAAGGAUAGUGUGUAUGCACUCGUGUUGAGCCCUAAUCGGAUAGUAAUCUGAUCCUCUGUGCACCUGGUUACAUGAAAGAGGGCGGUUCUGUUUAGGGUCCUGUGAGCAAAAACAUGGGCCAGGGCCUCAGGGAACAGACGCUCUAGGAGCCGUAAUGGAACGCCACCUAUGGCGAAUGUUUGCCCGCACACACAUAUGCACACGCACACACACACACGCAGGCUUUUGGCUUAAGCUCAAAGGAGAGGCACAGGCAGGAAAGAAGAGGAGCUUUAUGGGCAUGUUGGGUGAAAGAGAAGGAAAGAUUUAAAGAAAUGUGUUCCUUCAGGCUCCAUUCCAUGAGUCAAAAGUGUACACUGGGUGGAACUGAAGGGUAAACAGAGAACACUUUCAUAUGCACUGCUGAUGCACAUUUUAUCAUUCUGAAAUGUCUUAUUAAAUAAAAAAAUAUUUUUUUCUA